UGUUGGUCUCAGCUCUGUUUUCCAUCUGCUCUCUGGAGCUGUUUCUACUGAAACACCGUCUCUGGUUGGUCUCCUCCGCUCUGUGCUAUUCAGCAGACGUCGCUGCAGACGUCUCGUAAAGCCUUCAGCAGAGUUUUAUGGAAAGUUUUACUUUGGAAACAUCCGGCUGGAAGUGGUGUGGUGUUAUUGUGAUUUAUAGUGGCGGGCUCCGGUGUUAGCUCGUCCCGUUAGCCUGCAGCUCAGACAGAGAUGACCGAGGAGAGAGAGCUUCUUUCUGCGUAUUCCCACUGUUGACUAGCACCCUGCGUUCAUGAUGGCGAGUGAAAACACGGAGACCACCGCGGGGACCGAGGAGGACACCGGUCCCCAGUCUGAGCACGACUAUGCCCACACCAACACCAACUCACCGUCCACGGAGGCGUCCUCCUCCUCCGGUACACCGGCGGCUGACGGAGGAGGAGUCACCGCGCAGGAAGGCUUCACCUCAGCGGCUGAACCCAGCCCACUGCUGCCGGCGGUGGUGCUUCCUGAACCGGCCGUGGGAGCGGAGGUAGACUGUCCCGGUGUGAAUGAUGCUGCUGCGUCUCCUCCUCCUCCUCUGCAGACCACCGGAGAGGAGGACCACCCAAAGACAGAAGAAGCUCCUGACCUCGCAGUGGUCGUCGGAGCCCCGGUGAUGCGUGUCGGCCGCCGGCGUCCAAAGCGGCCGGAGGACAGACACUGCGCCGCCUGCCGGGCUGAGUUCGAGCGGCAGGGCCGCAGCUUCAACCGGAGGGCGGUGUACACCUUCACCACACCGGAGACCGUGCACUGGGCCUUCACCGAGACCACCACCGUGCACGACAAGUCCUUCCUGUGCGAGGUCUGUGCUCAGGUCAUCAGGAGCAAAUGUAAACGCAAACAGACCGGGAAGAGGACUCUGUGGCUGAAACCGACUCAGACUAGACAGGAAACAAGAGUCACAACAACUCUGGAGAAGCGGACUGUUUUGCAAAUUUCAGAGGUGAGAGACAAGAGGAAGAAAGACCGCAGGAUGGGGAAGAAGAGUAAAGCGGCGCAGCUGGUGAGCAAGUCCUGCUACAAGGCCGCUUUCAAAAUGCUCUGGUCCGCCAAAGGUGCCCGGAAACCCAUGAUGGAGUUCUGGAGCAAACAGCUGAAAGAGGAGAUGAAGACGCUGACGCGGCAGACGGACAAUCCCUUCCAUCAGAAGGUGUCGAGCAGGAAGCCCCUGUCAUCCUUCCCCUGGCGACGCUGUCUGAACUGGGCCCAGGACAAAGCUCCACUCGUCACCACCUGCCUCACCUCACUGUUCCCCGACAUCAGCUCUCUUUCCAAGAGCAGCCACCAGAUGUCGGAGGACCAGGCCCAGACGCUGCUGAUGCGCCGGGCUGUGGUGGCGCUCUCCAUCCCGCUCUUCACCAGGAACAUCUGGAAAAACAACUUCCUGCAGGCCGCUCUGGGGGCAGAGCUCCGCCUGCAGGGCUGCUCUGGCUCUGCGCUUGACGCCCUCAAUACUAUGGGACUGUGUCAGAACAAAGACACCGUCAGGUUACUGCUGCACAGGCUCCGAAACGGCAAGAAGAAUGCAACACAGAAUGGACGACAGAGGAUGAAGAUCAAACUAGAGCAGAUGAAAGGAGAACAGAUGACAGACAUGGAGGAAGGGGAUAUUGAGGAGGGGGAGGAGGAGGAGGAGGAUGAGGAUGAGGAUGAGGAAGAAGAAGAAGAUGAAGACGAUGAUGAUGAUGAGGAGGAGGAGGAGGAGGAGGAAGAAGCAGAGGAGGAGGAGGAAGAAGAGGAGGAAAUGGAGAUGGCGGUCGAGGAGGUGGAGGAGGAAGAAGUGCAGGACGCAGUUAGCUGGAUCGCAAAAUCAACCAACUUCCUCUUUAGUUCCACCUUCCAUAUAGAGAGGUGA